CGCCAGGAAAAGUGCAAGUGUUUUCCACGCUCCAAAAAAAUAUUGAAAUCGCAGGCGAAAAUCAGGCGAGAUGCUGUGCCACCGACACAUCCACAUCCACUGCCACCUCUUCCUGCUGCAGCUCCUUGUGGUACCCUUCCUGCAGGGAUCCCCCGUUUCGAGUCCGGAAAUAUCUAAUAAGGGCUCCAAGUCGCCGAACAGCGUGCAGCAGCAGCAGGUGCAGCAGCAACAGCAGCAGGAGGCCCACCUAAAUUCGCUAAGUGCCUAUGCCAGUGGCUAUGACAUGGCCCAGAACCAGGUUCAGACGCAGGUCCUGUCGCCCACGGAUCCUGCGUUCAAGCCCUCGUACAAGAUGCCCGAAAUGGAGACCAACUUCACGCCCAUGCAAACAGCGGGAACUCCAAGUGUGGCGAGUCUGCCGUCGACUCCCAUGCUCAUGCAAUAUUUGCCGGCCCAGUCGAUUCAAGAUGGUUCCGGAAACACCGUCCAGUACCUCCAGCUAAUCCCCACCCGACCGAUUAUUGUGCCCAUUUCGCCGUACCUUUCGGCUGCUGCUGCGGCUGCAGGAUCACCGGCCAUCUCCGCCGGUGGACAGCCAGACUUUGGCGGACGGACAGCUGCUGUGCUGAGUGCCCUGCCGCCGAACUACGCAGCCCUCCAGGGAUACGCCGCCGGGUCCAUCAACCCUGCCGCCGCCUACCGCAACACCUACAGGAUCAACCGCGAGGCCAAGGACAAGCACUUCUCGCCCUCGUUUUCGCUUAACCUCAACGAGUAUCUGCCGGGCUCCUCGCUGGGACUGGCUGGUGGCCAUGACGCCGCCGCCAGUGGCCCACAUUUGUACCUCAGGGCCAGACCUUAGAAUAUAAGCUAUCUCCAAAGGCUUACCACGUCUUAGCCUUUAGAACUCUUGUUUUUUGCUGUUAACCAUACGA